AUGGCAAUGAUUUGCAGCAUCGAUUUCAACACUUCUCCCAACAUGAAUCCAUUCAACACACAAGGAACACUGGAUUCAUGCUUGGACCGUGCGGAACCAGAAUUUAACACCAGCACUUGCUGUUCUUUCAGCAACAACAACACAAUGUCAUCAGCAUCUUGUUACCAACAACAACAACAACAACAACAACAACAAGAUGAUCUUCAAGACUCCUUCUAUUUCCAUCAAGGACGCGUCGCUCCAGAAUUGGACUUGUCACUCUUUUCCUUGGGAGGAGGAGGACAAGAUGAACAACAAGAUCUCGAGCCUGUACCCAUUGGAGCUUACAAGAGUCCUUACCAAGAAGCUCAUUUGCAAUCCAUGCUCAAGGAAUCUGUUGAAUUCCUCUUUGGCUCUAAUAAUGCUACUACUAAGCGAGGACUUGAGCAACUCGAGCAAGAUGGUUUCUGCUGCAAGAAGCGCAAGCUAGUAUCCGAGGACUACAGCGAGGACUUUUCGGAUGAUUGCUCCUCGCGAUCGUCUCGAUCCGAUGUCACGCGCUUCCGACCCUACCAAAACCAACAGUGGGGUCAGCGCUUUGAAGACCUCCAAGAGUUCCGCAAGGUCAAUGGACACUGCUCUGUUCCAUACGAUCACCCACCAAACCCAACGCUUGCUCGAUGGGUCAAACGUCAACGGUACCAAUACAAGCUCCAUGUCGAAGGCCAACCGAGUGCCAUGACCGAAGAGCGAGUUCAAGCUUUGGAGGGAGUCGGCUUUGUCUGGGACACCUACUCGGCGGCCUGGGAACGACGCAAGUCGGAAUUGAGAGCUUAUAGAGCCGAGAAUGGACAUUGCAACGUCCCGGCCACCUUCAAGGUCAACAAGAAGCUAGCCGCUUGGGUCAAGUGUCAACGAAGGCAAUACAAAUUGUUUCAUGAAGGCAAACCAAGUACCUUGAACCAUGAUCGCAUUGAGGGCCUCAACCAAAUGGGCUUUCAAUGGGAGGUUCGUUCGCUGCGACGGCAAUGA